AUGGACGCGGCGCCCGCGGCGCCCGCGGCGCCCGCGGCGCCCACGGCGCGCAGCUCCCUGGCGGAACCACCGGUGGAGUUCGGCGGCGGCUUCGCGCUCAAGGGCGAGCUGGGGCAUGGUGCGUCGGGACGGGUGUUCGAGUGCAAGAAGAAGGAUUCUUCAACGCUGUAUGCAGUGAAGGUGCUGCACCUGCGUGCCCUGCGGCUACGCAGCACGGCGCAGCGCGAUUUGACACGCUUGGGACGAGAGUUGAAGAUCCUCAAGGAGCUUCCGCCUCACCCGCGGAUUGUACAAAUGGUCGACUCCUUUGAGGAGGGCGAUUGGUUCUUCCUUGUUCUGGAACUGGUGCGAGGAGGUGACCUCUUUCGGGCGCUGAUGCAACGUCGCCCCACGCGACUCUUUGAGCGCGAGGCCGCCUUUGUGUUUUGGCAGCUGGUGGACGGUAUUGCUUUCCUGCACAGCCGAAACAUCAUUCAUCGAGAUCUGAAACUGGAGAAUGUCUUGAUUUCGGACAAACACCGCGAGGGAAAACUGACGAUGUACAACGUGAAGAUCAGCGACUUUGGGUUGUCCAAGGCUGUCACGGGCGUCCCCGAGAUGCACUCGGUGGUGGGCACCCAGCGCUACGUGGCCCCUGAAGUGCUCUCCGUUGUGUCGGCGACGACGGGCGGCCAGCCCUACGACUUCCGGGUGGACCUUUGGAGCCUCGGCGUCCUGACCUUUCUGUUGCUGACGGGGGGCUACCCCAACCCCGAGUCGCAGUUUGCCUUGGACGAUGCAGUUUGUAAGAUUUCAAGCGAAGCUGCACGACUGAUUUUGAAGGGCCUGCUACAGCUGGAUCCGGUACAGAGAUUUACGCUGCAAGACCUUCAGUCCCGCAGUUGGCAGACGGGCGAUGAGGAUGUGAUCAUGUUGCCUCCAACAACAACGGCUGCCGUCCUGGGCAUGCCCUCUGCCGUGGGGAUUCCCUCGGAUUCGACGGUCUGCAGCGACUUUGAAGCUUUAGUGGCGCCACCCGCACCAUUGCAGUCCCUGAACGAUCCCUCCAUCCUGUCGGGUCUUCGUGUGGAACCGGAACCGGAACCGGGACAGCAGAGGAUGCCCAGCAUUCUGCCCACCAUGAGUUUUCUGGCAGGCAUGGAGGAAGAACUCCGUCGCCCGCGGCCGGUGCCACCUGCGCCACCUCCGGCCACACCCAGCCCCCACGGUUCGGAGCUGCUGCUUUCGGUGAGCGAGGAGCAGUUGUCCUCCCCCAGCUGGCAGCUGUCGCAGGCGCGCGCUGCCUCGGCGCGGGCCGAUGAGAUGCAUCUGCACGUGCUGCUGCCGCGAGGUGCUGCCGCCGAUGAUAUUUCUGUGGUGGACGAAUCAACACUGAAGGAAUUGAGUGCGAAGUCGGGCUGCAAUGUGUGGACAACACCAGCGGAGGGGCCAAAAGACGCCUGCCACGUGGUGAUGGUUGGCACUUGCAGUCAAUGCACUGUGGCGCAGCAGAUGCUGGCAGACUUCUUACACUCCAAGGAUGUGACCCAGACGAGUUUCACCGUGAUCAUGUUCUGGCGCAAUGAUGUUCUUUUGAAUGAACAAGAAAUGGAUGACCUGCAAAAGAGGUCGCAAAGCAUUGUUGAGCUCCUGCCAAAGUUGUCGCAGGAGGGCAAGCGCUCCUGGAUCAUCAGAGGAACUCUGGUGCAAGUGCUGGAAGCGGAACGGCUCAUCUAUGAGGGACCCCAGCCAUCGCAGCCAUCGCAGUCGCAGAAGCGGAAGCGGUCAGAGGAUUCGGCCGAGCCGGAGAACUCUGAACCAGGUGCGUCCAAAUGAGUGGAGCACAUGGCGAAAAAAUGGCGCAGUCUGAUGGGAUCUCAUGGGUAUCGUUCUGGACCGUCAGCUGCUGGUCGUUUUUUUUUUU